CUUCUUACUCUUCCCUCUGUCCCCAGUUCUUCUCCCUUCUCCACUUCUUUCUCUCACACACACAAGCCCGCCAAGUAAAAAAAGACCUUUUUUGUUGCAUCAGAGUGAACUCAACUAUCCUGUUCUUCCCCUGUUUCAUCUCACAGAGUUUUCUCUGUUCUGCCUCUGGCAUUUUGAGUACCUUUUAUCGUCAUGUCGAUGACUGAGUUCCAAAAGUUGCAGUCAUGUCUUAAUUCUCAGCUCGUAGAGCAGAGGACUCUGAAGGUCAAACCGAGCUCACCACAGUCUCCCUUCUCUCAAUUGCUUGGAUUCAACAUAAAGUCCUCCAUUUUAGAUUCCAACACUCAGGAAUCCGAAGAGAAAUGUCACUACGAGCAAUACAGCGAGAAGAAUAGCUAUCCUUCUAACAACUAUGUCUCCCCAAAUCAUAACUCGGGUUGCUGGAGCUUCAUCCAAGCACUCUCCAAUACCUCCCAAAAUCCCAAAGAAGUAGUGGACACAGAAAAGUCCUCUUUCUAUCCUGAGGUCAAGUAUUCACUUAGCCAAAGGAGCUUGGAAUUGUGCACUGAAAAUUUGGGCAGCGAGACGGGUUCCGAUAUGUUUGAGAGCAGCAUUUUCUCAUCUUCCUUGUUGGGUUCCAAUGGUGGGGAUUAUCCAAUGAGAGACCAACCAAAAAGUCGACGCUCUUCAAGGUUGGAAAAACAGAAUUCUCCUAAUUUUCCUCCUCCAUUGACGACGUUAAGCGGAUAUGAACCUCUUGAAAUCAGGCCUCAUCGUGAGGAUGGGCGGUUAGUGAUGAAAGCAGUUGCAGCCUCAUCACCACACUCAUAUUUUCAAGCUGAAAGAAGUGAUGGACGUCUUAGACUGUGCCUACUGAAUUAUCGUGCUCAUGAUUUUGACUCCGAGGAUGCUGCCGAAGAAAGUGAGGGCGAAAAUGGAGACAGCGAAAGAGAUAGCUUUGAAAAUGGGGGAGAGACUGCAGAGAAAGAAGAGGAAGAGCAGGAUUAUGCGGAAGAGGAGGGGGAAGAAGAUUGUGAUGGAUGCUUGAGGGUGGGAGUGGAUAGUGCUAGUCUGGAUUUUGGGGUUGAAAUGGGAAUGAAGAAAUUUCAUAGGCCGAGCAGGUGCAAAGCAGGAAGAUGUGGAGAAGAAAAAUUGUUAACUUGGGAGUCUUUUUGGGUGGCUACUUCCUAAUGCUUUGUUUUUUAUCUCUCUCAAUUAAGAUACCACAAUUUUUAAUUCCAUUCUACUCAUCCUCUGCUGCUGCGCUUUUUUGGAAAAUCACUUGUUUCAUAGAAUAUGCUUGUGUUGGGUAGUUAUUAUCGUUAUUUUAUCUUUCCUCUUUCUCUGCCCCCGAGACAAACAUGUCCACUGCCUGUUUUGUUAUCAGUGUUGUAAUUUCUUCUUUUCUUCAUCCUCCAGUGAUCAUUUCAUUUUGGGUUUGUGGCUAACCUGACACUGUUCUUCAGACUCUUGAGACAAAGGAGAGAUGGUCAAUUCUUCCUAUUGUUGGUGGGUUAACCCAUCUGAGCACAAUCUCAUGUUGUACCAGACUAAUUUUCAAGUUUAGUCAUUUUAAUUUUAAAUGAACUUUACUCAA